UAGUAGGGAUCAUGGCUGCUGUGGCUCCAUUGUCCCUUGCUGGUGUGAUGCUGGAGACUCGAGUGACUUGACUCAGCAGCUGCAUGCUGUUGUCGCAUUUCUGAACGUUACCCAUAACCCUACCAUUCGAUCCUUACAGUUAGUAUGCACAUCAGCAAACCCCUUGCAUCUGGCUUGACCUAUUCUCUUGGUCGUUCGUUGUACAUUCCUUUGACUAGUCGAUGUAAUACUUUGACGCUGCCACAGACCAGAGGACCCCAUUUCCUUUUGCCAGCAGAAGUGGUUUCGGCAUUGUGUCGUGUUCGGGAUGCCGAGAGUCAAAAGGAACAGUGGAAGCACUGGUGUAUGUACUUGGAUACCUCAGAAACACCACAAUUGCUGCCCAAAGCAGAGGAGCCUGUGGCAGCGCUAAAAGGUCAAACUGAAGAAAUCACGGAUAGUGACGAUGGUUUACAACCAAGCGUCAACGAGCUCUUUAUGGAUGCACAAGAGCAUAUCAGUCAGCAAGAAUAUCAAUCCGUGGUAUUUGCCGGGGAAGGGGAACCCACGCUUCGGCCGAUUGCACUGGUAGCCCUGGCCAAAAAACUCAAGAAGAUCCAAUCGCCACCUCUUCGCCUGACUACGAAUGGUCUAAUGUCCAAUGAUCCCAUGAGAAGCCACGUGCUGCAAUCUAAUGCGAUUUCUUCCGUCAGUGUGGCUCUCAUGACACAUGACCCACAUCAAUACGACGAGUUGAUGAAACCGGUAAUUCCGGACGAUGCCAGUAUCACGCGGUCCCAUGAACGAGUUUGCCAAUUUAUUCAGGAAGCUUUGACGGCAGGCCUGGCCGUGGAGGUAACAGCUGUUGAACACCCGGAUGUAGACAAACAUCGGACAGAACAAUAUGCCGCAUCUCUAGGGGUUACAGAACCAAUUCGGUGGCGCAGCUAUUUUCCAUAA